AAUCUGUUGGUGAUGGAUUGCUCAGAGGCAGGGUGUGCUAUUCCAACGAAGCCUCGGAUUCUACUUGCUGCUUGUGGAACUUAUGAUGCUUGUAAAUUUAAGGUUGUUCAUUGGAAAUUCGCCGAAUGGGCAGCUGAAAUAAAGGUGGUUAUCACAAAAUCAGCUUUGCGUUAUCAUGGAACUCCCAGGAAUGAACUUGCAUCUGUUGAUGAGAAUGAUUGGCUUACUUACAGAAGGCCAGGUGUUGCUAUGCUUCACGUUGAGCUUCGUAAUUGGGCUGAUAUCAUGGUCAUCGCUCCAUUGUCAACAAAUACUCUUGGCAAGAUUGCUUUAGGGUUGUGUGAUAAUCUUCUGACAAGCAUUGUGCGAGCAUGGGACUACAGGAAGCCACUUUUUGUUGCACCAUCCAUGAGCACUUGUAUAUGGGAAGACUUUUUCACAGAACGACAUUUAAAUGCAAUUGAUGAGCUUGGCAUCAUUCUCAUCCGACCUGUAUCUAUUACAACAGCUAGUGGGGAACGUGAGCAUGCAAUGGCUGAGCCUUCCACCAUUUGCUCAGAUGUGAAAGCCUCUUAUUAUAAGCAAAUGCAAAAGAUGAUGCAGAAAGAGGCUAGUACUACUAGUACUAGCUAGUGCUCUCAGGUUUGGCAACUUUGAAUAUGGUGUAUAAGUGUGGAUAAUGGAUGGCUUCUUACUAGGACCUUUUGUCUUGGCUCCUUUUUUAUUUGAUCAUAGUUUCAUUGAGCAGUAUCGCUUAUGUCUCCUAGGGAGUUGCUUCACUUGCUCUUGUGCACCUCUACUUAGAUGUAAAUGUAGAUGCUAUGCUCUUCUUAAUAAACACACAUUGCA